UAUGUCUGUGACAGGGAAGGGGAAGUAGUGCAUUUUUGGAGAGAAAAACGACUUAAGGAAAUACUUUUAGUUCAUUCAGAGCAAAGCCAGCGUUUGUGUUGACUGUUCAGAGUCCACGAACUCGGGCUUAUUUCGCAGGCUUUGUCGACCCCCCCACACAUCUCAGUUUUUUACGGUUUCCUGGGUAAAACACCAAUGGCUUAUCAUAGUUUUCUGCUUGAACCUAUCAGCUGUCAUGCUUGGAACAAGGACCGAAGCCAAAUCGCACUGUGUCCUAAUAACCAAGAGGUCCAUAUCUACAAAAAGGAUGGAAACAACUGGAGCAAAAUCCAUGUGCUGAAAGAGCACAAUGGGCAGGUGACAGGCAUUGACUGGGCACCAGAGAGCAAUCGCAUCGUCACCUGCGGAACUGAUCGUAACGCCUACGUGUGGACCCUAAAGGGAGACACAUGGAAGCCCACUCUGGUCAUUCUCAGGAUCAAUCGUGCUGCCCGCUGUGUCAAGUGGUCUCCCAAAGAAAACAAGUUUGCUGUGGGCAGUGGUUCACGUCUGAUCUCAGUGUGCUAUUUUGAGCAGGAAAACGACUGGUGGGUGUGCAAGCACAUUAAGAAGCCCAUUCGCUCUACCAUUCUUUGCUUGGACUGGCACCCCAAUAACGUCCUUUUAGCAGCUGGAUCAUGUGACUUUAAAUGCAGGAUCUUUUCUGCAUACAUCAAAGAAGUAGAGGAGAAGCCAGCUCCGACCGCAUGGGGCUCUAAAAUGCCAUUCGGAGAGGUCAUGUUUGAAUCUACUGGAACUUCGGGAUGGGUGCACAGCGUCUGUUUCUCCGAGAGUGGAAACCGUGUGGCCUGGGCCGGCCAUGACAGCACUGUAGCUGUGGCCGAGGGUGGGAAGACUUCUGCAUGCGCCAGUCUGACUUCAGAAACCUUGCCUCUUCUGUGCCUGACCUUCAUCACUGAGAACAGCCUAGUGGCAGCUGGUCACGACUGUUAUCCGGUGCUGUUCGUCUAUAAUUCAGAUAAAGGAGGCCUUUCUUUUGGAGGGAAACUUGACGUGCCCAAACAGAGUGCACAGAAGGGCAUGACAGCCAGAGAACGCUUUCAGAACCUGGACAAGAAAGCCACCACUGACAGCAAAGAGGCCACGCUGGAGUCUGUGCAUAAGAACAGCAUCAGCCAAAUCUCAAUUCUUGGUGGGGGAAAAGCCAAGUGUACCAAAUUCUGUACCACUGGUAUGGAUGGAGGCAUGACAAUUUGGGAUGUUAAGACCCUUGAAUCUGCAAUGAAGGACCUCAAGAUUGUCUAGUCCAACUCCAGAACAAUAUUGUGCAAAUUACAUGCCUUCAUCGUUUUUAUAUGCAUUUAUAUACAUUUUAGAUUACGUUUUAAACAGCAGCUUUGUUGGUGUAAGGAUUUUAUGUGAUUUAGGACACAGGUUCUGGAUGAACCAAGAAGCUUUUAUAUUUUUUCUUAAUUGAUAUGCUGGUCAUAAUUCGUUUUUCUUUCUAUAUUUCUGCAGGUACUUAGCCUUAAAUCUUAAGAAAAUGCAGAUCAUUUUAAUAAAUACAAUGAAUUGCUGUGGUGAAGCAUGCUAAAUGGUUUUGUUUUAACCCAAUAACUGCAGCUAUGACAAAAGCUAUAAUAAUGUUACUUUGCUCGCAUAGGCGACCAGUUCACCGCAUCCUACAUUUAAUUUAAAAGUAAUGGAAGAUCAAUAAAUACAAUGCUAAUAAAACAAUUUUGAACAGA